AUGGAUAGCUUUCACAAGCCGAGUGCUUUAAGUUUUGACGGAAAUACAUCAGAAAAUUGGAGACGAUUUAAGCAGCAGUUUCAGAUAUAUUUAGUCGCGUCGGGAUGCGAAGACAAAGACGACCCGAUUAAAAUAGCCAUAUUGUUAAAUUUUGCCGGCGAAGAUGCUAUAGAAGUUUUCAAUACUUUCGAGUUUUCUGCUGGCGAUGAUAAGAAAUUGGAUAAGGUUAUCGAACAGUUUGAAAGGUAUUGUAACCCCAGAAAAAAUGUAGUCUUCGAGAGAUACCAGUUCUGGAAAAUUACGCAGAGAGAUUCAGAGACGGUUGACCAAUUUGUCACAAGAUUAAAGAACAAAGUAAAAUCGUGCGAAUAUACAUCGGUUGACGAUAUGGUAAGGGACAAGUUUGUGUUUAGUAUACAAGACUUAACUGUGAAAGAAAGAUUGUUAAGAGAAGAGAAACUUACACUGGAAAAAGCUAUAAGUAUGGCUAGAGCAGCCGAAGCGUCGAAGGAACAGAUUAAAGUCAUGAAUGCUAGGGCGCAGUCGAGCGAAGCAAAUCAGUCGGUAAAUGUUCUUCGAUAUGACGCCAAUCAAGGAAAAGGGCAGAUAGGUAGCCGCCGUGAAAAAACAAAGUCCGAAAAGUGUGGAUUCUGUGGUAUGGUUCACGCAUUAAGAUCUUGCCCGGCAUUCGGCAAAACAUGCAACUAUUGUAAGACAGGACAUUUUGAGCGUGUGUGUCGAGCGAAGCAACGACAACGUGACUCUAGACCGAGAGAAGUGAAUGUCUUGGGGGAAUUCGAAGACGGCGAAGUUAGCGAGGAUGAUUUAUUGACAUUUUCAGUAGAGUCAAAUAACGAGGGCAGCUCAAAGAAUGACUGGCAUGUCCAGCUUAAGUUUGGAAAAACGGAUUUGAAUUUCAAAUUAGAUACAGGGGCAGAUUGUAAUGUGAUUUCGCAAUCGUCGUUUGAGCAAUUGUCACUAACAAAUACAAGAAUUUUCAAAAAUAAGAGCAAGUUGAAGAUGUUCAAUGGCCGUAAGAUAACUCCGAAAGGAAAAGUCAGCUUAGAGUGCGAGUAUAAAGGCAAAUUUACCGUGUUAGACUUUGUACUAGUUGAACAAGAUCUACCAUCGAUUUUAGGAUUAAAUCCUGUCUAGAACUCGAGCUGGUAAAGCGAGUUUAUAGCUUGGAAGUGGACCCACCGAAGAUCGAAACAGAAUUCAGUGACGUUUUCGAAGGUCUGGGAGAGAUUAAAGAUGUUCAGUACCAGAUUAAGAUUGAUCCGGUGUCCAUUCCAGUGGUGCAUCCUCCUCGAAGAGUUCCUAUGGCCCUCCGAAAGCCACUAGAAGAAGAGUUGCGUCGAAUGGAGAAGUUGGGGGUUAUUGAGAAAAAGAAUGAACCCACCGCUUGGGUACAUAGUUUAGUCAUCGCCAGAAAAGCAAAUAAUAAAAUUCGAGUCUGCAUGGAUCCUAGCGAUUUAAAUAAAGUGGUUAUGCGAGAGCAUUUUCCUAUGCAGACCGUUGAAGAAGUUGUCAGCAGAAUGCCCAAUGCCAAAGUGUUUAGUGUUCUUGAUGCCAACCAUGGUUUCUGGCAGGUGAAAUUGGCCAAUGAAAGCAGUAACUUAGCCACGUUUAAUACUCCAUUUGGAAGGUAUAGUUAUAAACGAUUACCGUUUGGAAUAGCUUCUGCUCCGGAAGUAUUUCAGAGUAUUAUGUCGAAUAUGUUUUCAGAUAUAGAAGGAGUCGAAGUUAUCGUGGACGAUUUGGUGGUCUGGGGAGAAGACGUGACGAAACAUGACGAACGACUUCGUUUGGUCUUAGAACGCUGUCGAGAUAAAAAACCUUAA